CAGACAAAGUGUCAGUUUCUGCCUUGGAUUAUCGUCCGAUGGUGGAGGGCACAAAGCACGAGCUGACAUGUGAAAUCAUCAAUGUAGCGCCUGUAAAAUACCUCACUGUGAAGUGGUACCGAGACAGUGAAGUUGUGCACACAGAAACGUUUAAUGACACCAGUUUGACCCCAGUGAAUGCGUCCUCUACUUUGAUCGUCACUCCUGAGAGUAAUUACGAUGGAACACAUUACAAAUGCGUAACUGAGCUGCACCUAGGACCAAAUGGACCAGAGACCGUCUCCAAAGAAUCUGCACCUUACACUGCUGAUGUGCACUAUAAGCCACAUAACCUAAGUUGUCCACAGAAUUUUGCUGGUGUGGAGCAUCAUAUCAGUAUGGAUAAGGUGCCCUGUCACGCUGAUGGAAACCCUCGACCCACUGUUCAUUGGUACAAUAAGGGAGUCCUGAUUAAUGGGUCUGAGCCUCUCACCAGGACUCAAUCAGGAGAGUACACAGCUGUAUUCAAAAAUAGUAUUGGCAACAUCAGCACUAUUGUUGAUAUCACAGUUGAAUAUAGUCCUUCAUUUACUUGUGACGAUCACUAUGAUGUCAAAGAGAAUGAUAACCCCCAAACUACGUGUAAACCAGCGGGAAUGCCCAUGCCCAGUGUCACCUGGUUUAAAGAUGGACAGAAUGUGACUCUCCCGCCGCUCUGGACAAGUCUUUUUGGUGGAAAAUAUUUACUUAGAGCAACCAACAAGCAUGGACACGCCGACCAUACACUGCAUCUCAAUGUGUCCUAUAAGCCACAUAACCUAAGUUGUCCACAGAAUUUUGCUGGUGUGGAGCAUCAUAUCAGUAUGGAUAAGGUGCCCUGUCACGCUGAUGGAAACCCUCGACCCACUGUUCAUUGGUACAAUAAUGGAGUCCUGAUCAAUGGGUCUGAGCCUCUCACCAGGACUCAAUCAGGAGAGUACACAGCUGUAUUCAAAAAUAGUAUUGGCAACAUCAGCACUAUUGUUGAUAUCACAGUUGAAUAUAGUCCUUCAUUUACUUGUGAUGAUCACUAUGAUGUCAAAGAGAAUGAUAACCCCCAAACUACGUGUAAACCAGCGGGAAUGCCCAUGCCCAGUGUCACCUGGUUUAAAGAUGGACAGAAUGGGACUCUCCCGCCGCUCUGGACAAGUGAUUUUGGUGGAAAAUAUUUACUUAGAGCAACCAACAAGCAUGGACACGCCGACCAUACACUGCAUCUCAAUGUGUCCUAUGCACCUGUGUUUAAUGAGGGAAAUUACUCUAUGGAGGUGACCCUGGGUGAAAAUGUGACUUUUAACUUCAGUGCUAAGGGCAACCCUAACAUAACAAUUAUGUGGAAGUUCAACCCUGAAAAGAAUGUGAAUGUGACCACUGGGGGGAGCAAUACGGUCGUCAGCAUCACAGGAGCCACGUCUACCAAUGAUGGUGUUUACUUGUGUACUGCCAGUAAUACAAUUGGGACGGUUACAAGAUCUGUCAUACUAAGAGUGAAGCUCCCUGGGUCACAUUCCCGUUCAUCACCUCUCUCCGUCUCUUGGUUAUAUAUUUUUAUUAUUAUAUUGGGCAUCGUGGCCGCCACCAUCAUCAUCCUCUGCAUCUGGAGAAAGCUUCAAAGUAAAAAGCGUGGACAAUAUACUUUUCUCCCUGACAAAGUAAAUGAAAGAUCAGAAAUCCCCAUGACUCCAGUGUCUAAUGGGAAGACUAAUGGCAUAACGGUUUAGGAUAUUUAUUACUUGUGGAAUAAGUAAAAUCAAAUCAACUCUGGGGACUAAAAUCAUAUUGAGGUAUGAAUUUUAUCUUUCAGGGGACCGACCUGUAAAUAUUGCUUAAUUUUCAUUUUUAUGCAUUCUUUUUAGUUUGUUAACCAUUAGAAGUUUCCUGAUUAUUAUAAUGCUCGAUUAUUAUUAUUAUGUUUAUUAUGUGUUGUAGCUGUGUAAACUUUUUUUUUUUUUUUUUUUUUUUUUAACUCUUAACAACAUUACACAAUAGCUUCAGUGUUAAUGUAUCGUGUUUUAUUUGGAUGUAUAUAAGAAAUGUACAUAAAUCAUUUCAGAUCGUCAAUAAAAAAAGAAAAAUCA